AUGAGCCCGGAGCACGUGAGUGAUGACUGCAGUGUCCCUUCCGGCGGGGUAGGCCGUCCAGCCGAGGUAGUGGUGGGUGAAGGCCUUGGAGUAGAGGGCGUAGGCCCGGUGGGUGAUGGGCUUCAUAUGCUGUGGGCAGUUGGCAUUAUCGAUGCCGCAGCCAAGAAGAGACGACAGGGUAUUGGGAUGGUCCUUGUCGUGGAUGGAGUUGGGAGUGGCGGAGCCCCGUACGCCCUUGACGGCAUUGAAGUCGGCGUCCUUGAGACGGUCCCAGUCGGGGCAGUGGUCAUGCUGACUGGAGAGGGCGGAGCCCAGCUUGGACAAUCCUGA